CAUGGAAUUCCUUAUUUCAGAUGUAGAAUAAGAUGAACUUUGAGGGGCAGAAUAUAAGUUUAAAGGACGCUUUGUUUGUGGAUAAUAUAACGGGGGAUAUUGAAAACUUCAGAGUACGUUCUAGUAGUAUAGCCCGAGUUCUUGUGUUUCCACCAGUUAAUAACUAUCAUAGAUUUCUCAUUCAUAAGGUGGUAGAGACAGGGUUUCCUCAGUUCACAACCUUCUCCGUCGGAGAAGGUUUGGAUCGGAGAACAGUCGUGUGCUUCCAGCAACAUCUUAUAGAUUAUACUCUUAAACAGGCUCAAGAGUUCGUUCCUGUUUCUCGAGAAUAUCAAAAUGAUAUCAUAGAACUAAAACAAACUCCAGCAGAUUCAAAUACUAUAGAAACGCAGAAAAAUAAUCUUGAUCCAUUUACUGAACUAAAUGCAAAUGUUAAACCCCCUGACGAUGAAUCCACUGAUAAUAGCCAGCUUGUAUCUGAAAACGAACCCGUUGUGAAGUUAUUACAAGAAAAAAAUAAAGUUUCUGAAGUGGAAUCUGAUCUUACUCUAAACUCUGAAAAAAAUCUUUUUUCAUCUACUGCAAUUACUUCUGAACCCGAACCUGAAAUCGCGCUUAAACCUGAAAUUGCUCCUAAACUUGAAAAUUCUCUUGAACCUGAAGCUGCCCUUAAACCUGAAACUGAUGCUCCUAAACCUGAAACUGAUCUUGAACCUGAACUUAAAGUAUUUAAUAAGGAUACCAGUGGUAUGCCGAUAAAGGCUGGUAACGAACUUGACCCAGAAGAUACGAAGAAACCAAUUCCUAAAGAACCAGAAGAAGGACAAAGUCAGUCAGAUGUAACAAAUUCAACGGAGAUGAAUAAUGGCAGUCCGAAGGAAGAUAAAGGAGAAAGUUUAAGUGAAAAGAAAGGUUGUAGAUCUAAACGUCCUGCCAUAGCUGUGUAUGUACCUCCUAGAGCUAGAAACUAUACCAGCUCUCCAGGUUCUGCCGUCCUCUCAGUCAUUAAAUCUUCUCCGACCCAUCCUGCUGUACCCGUCCUUGCUCAAAUUCCUUCUGUUAAAGAUUAUAAAGGAAAUACUGACGUUCUUGAUGUUACGGAACAGGUUGUUUCAGAAAUUACAGUUGCUGUAGGAGGAGUUCAAAUUGAGGGUCCUGAGGUGGACUAUUUAACCUUUCAAACUAGUGACUCAACCAUCAAUAUCGAUCAGUUUGGACACGUAAUAGAGCUUUAUGAUUUCCCUUCAGAGUACAAAACUACGGAUUUGGUUAAUGCGUUCGAGGCUUUCACAUCAAGAUGGGACAUAAAAUGGGUUGAUGAUACACAUGCUCUGGGUGUGUUCAGUAGCUCUGAGGUCGCCGCUGAAGCUUUAUCCGUUCGACAUCCUACUAUUCUAACCCGACCCCUGAAUAUGGCGACUCCGCAAUCCAAGAGUAAAGCACGGAGUGUUCUGGAGGAAUUGCUCCCAUACAAACCACGUCCUGUCUCCUGCACUGCCACUGCACGUAGACUUCUUCAAGGAGCUUUAGGGAGUGCAAUGAGAGUUCCAGAUGCGAGUAAACUUGAAAACGAGAGAUUAUUGGAGGCUAGGCGGAGGAAAGAUGAAGUUCGGAGGCGGGUCGGAGAUGCUCCGGAUGAAAGAAAGAAACGACGAGAUGUUGAAAUAAAACCAUAUGUUGAGAAGAAACAUAGAUAUGCUGAACAUGAUGAUAGGUGACACUAUGGAAUAGUGUCAUAGCAUGGUUUUUGGUCUUGUUUUUAUAUCUAUGUAUAGACUGUAUUAAAUGAAUUUAUUGAU